CCCAGAUGGCUUAAUAACCUGGCCAGACGUUGACUACAGGAGUUUGUUAGAUAAGGAAUCAAUCAGGAGACGAAUUCGGGAAAGUGCGAAAAAGUUUGCAAAGGAUACCAUAAAGAAAGGCAUAGAAGAACUACUUGGUGUAAUCCCGUGUAUAUCACCCGAUGCUCCAGGCAAGACGGAUCCCUGUCCCAGACCCGAGGCCCUGACUCAGGAUAUCCUCAAACAGAAGCUACAACAGCGAGGACUGCAGAUGACAGGCACGAGAGACGAACUGGAACAGAGGCUUACGGUUGGACACAGAACUUGCAGACUGAUGAACAGGACAGUUACCCUCCCAACAAUUAAGAACGACAAGAUAAACAAGAUCGUGUACAUGGAGAUAGCCCCGGACUGUCUGCGGUUUGAUGCAUGUGUUGAUAUUAGGAUUAAGAAGCUGAAUUUCAACAAGGCUGUCAACGCUUACAUACAGCUAGACCCGUGUAAAUUCACAAUGACCGUCAACUUUGAGGACUGCACUGAGACAGUUAUCCUCCUGGGAUACGACUGGGGGAAAGAGAAGACCGCAAGAUUGAAUGAUUGGGUCUCCAUAAGGUACACCAUUGACAGGAGUGAGGCAAGGAAGGUGUUCGUGGUUGACAUUGGUUUACAAAUCAGUCUUGGAGCGUCGGAACCGAUUCUGAAUGACUUGUUGAUCGAAAACGUAGAUGUACCAAUACCUGUUUGUAAUGAAAACUUCUCUCUUCCGGGAAACGGAUCUCUGAAUAGCCUUGCAGAACAAAUGGGAGGAAAGCUAAUCAGAGAGGUGGUAGAUGUGGUGUUUCGAAAACUCGGACUUGAUAAGAUUCUGAUAGACGGAGGCUGUACAGCAUUAACGCCCAAGCCAGAUUGCCCUUUGGCACUUCCAAACUACAAGCAUCUUCUACCCGCCAGUUUCCAGCACAACGUCAACUGUAAACUGCCUGACAACUGUUUCGGUAUAGAAUGUUGCGUGGACUUCUCGUUUGACAUCCCGCUGUUUGAGAACCCCCUCGUCAAACACGUCCCCUUCUUCUUGAAGUUUGAACCGUGUAACUUCACUUUGGAGGUCGGCUUUGGGAGCUACUACUACAAGGAAAGGCUGUUGACAUACAACUGGGGGACUGAAAAUCAACUGCACAUUGGCAAUGGCAACCCAUCACCAGUAGUCAUCAAGUUCAAGAUCUCCAAGUAUCCCAAAGGCUUCCUUGUUGACCUGAGUGUCCACACAUGUAUCCCUAUCGAUGGUGACAGUUUCUGUUACCCAGAAGGAGGAAUGACGCUGAUGAAUCAGGAGAAGAUACCCGCCUGUGAUGCUAAUGCACUGGUGGAGUUCACAAAACAAAAUUUCUCAGUUUCUGAUUGGCUACGCGACCUUGAUCUUGACGUCAACUUGAAGUCCCUCUCUCAAGCGGCUGCCAGGUUAUUAUUAGAUCGUUUUGGCAUCUCUGAAUUCCUGCUGGAUGACAGAUGUGAUGUUUCUAGAACACCAUACAAGCCAAGUGUUUACGGGUGGAGGAAUGAAUGCCCGAAGAGUAUUGGCAAGCUGCCCAAUCUUCCUAGCGGUCUGUACUGCCACCUAGCGGACACGUGCACCAAGAUAAACUGUUGUUUCCAUGUCCCCUUCCUGGAGAUGUCCUUCAACGCCGUCCUCAACGUCGAUAUGUGCGACUACGUCAUUUAUGCCGCCAUCGAGAACAAAACCAGGACUCUGGGAAUCUUAGGGAAUGGUAUUGACCUCGAUGCUGGUACAUCACUGACGCUGGAUAUCGCGGAUGUUUUCCAGAUGAAAUUUGGUUUGAAAAAGAAAGACACGGUUCUACUGCUUGACCUUGACAUUGAGGUUUGUUUGGAGAAGGAUUCCUGCCUUGUUUCAUCGCCCAUUAUGAAGGGAACUGAAGUUCCACAACUUGUGUGCGACCUUGAUGCCAGCUGGACCCUGAAAAAUUUCAGUAUAUCGGAUUGGGCCAAGGCAAGGGGACAGGAUUUCACCAAGGGUCUCGCACGGACAGCUGUGAACCUUCUGUUGGAGCAACUGGGUAUCAAAGACAAGAUGCUGGAUCCGCCAUGUAACCGGAGCAGUCUCAAGUACCAGCCAGCUGAUGCAGGCAACUGGAAGAAUGAUUGUGACUUGAGCGGCAGCGCUAUCUCCCUCCCCCCAAUAACUCUUCCGGCCAACUGUCACAUCAAUGACAAAUGUUUGGGUAUAGACUGUUGUCUCCACAGCAACGUCCUUGACCUGUCUCUUCACAUGGCCUUCAACAUUGACCUCUGUAACUACUUCAUUGAAGGCUCCAUUGAGAAGUUCAGCUUUAAGCUUAACAUACUCAACUAUAACUGGGGAAAAGAAGAAGUAAUUACGUUUGAUGGUGUUCCUGUUCUCAAACUGAAGUUUACGAUUGAGCAGCUUCUGUCCCAGCAAGUGUUUAUUGUUGACCUGUCUGCGAGUCUGUGUCUGGAGGGAGAUGACUGUGAGCUGGAUCUGAAGGUCCUGAAUCAGACACGACUUCCCAUGCCAGGAUGUGCCAAGUUCCAGGGAUUCAAACUUCAAAAUUUCUCACUGGGGAACUGGCUGAAAGAAAAGGGCGGUGAGAUCACAGCUCAGCUGUCAGCAGUCCUGAUGGAAGAGCUCGGUAUUAAACAGUUCCUGCUUGACACACAGUGUCAGGACUACCUGGAACCUUACAGAGGCGCUAUGAGUGGAUGGAACAACGCUUGUCCUGAAAACAUUAUGAUGCCAGUACUGCCUCAGAACGUCUUCUGUCACUUGACUGACUACUGCACCGGGGUCACGUGUUGUGUCAAAGUGCCACAGGUCAAACGGAACUUCAAUGCCUACCUCUUCCUUGACUCCUGUAACUACAAUAUGAGAGUCGGCAUUGAGAAGCUGGAGUUCAGUCACACACUGUUUGACUACACAUGGGGUAAAACAGAAGUUAUCGAUCUUGGAGGACUUGUACGAAUUGAAUAUACCAUCAGCUCUGGUCAGAAGAAGUUCCUGGUGAACCUGAGCCUUAAGGUUUGUCUGACUGCUGGAGAGGCUUGUCAGUUUACCUUCCCUGUGUUCACAGACAUGAUCAUCCCUAAACCUCUCUGUGACUGGGAGGCCACUAAGCAGCUACAAGAUUUCUCCCUUAGAGAGUUUGUGACAUUGCAAGGUGGUGCACUGACGGACAGACUGACUGAUGCACUGGUGGACAAGCUGAUGGAGACUCUUGGUGUAUCCGGCUAUCUUCUGGACCCACAGUGUUCCAUGAGUGGUCGGGGCACGAAUGGCUGGAGCUCAGAUUGCCCCAGACCGGUUUCACUGCCAGCACUACCCGACUCUCUGUCCUGCAGUCUUCCCGACCACUGUACAGGAAUAGACUGUUGCCUCAAUGUGCCUCUCAUCAGUCGGAAUGUCCACUUCAAGGUCGACUUGGACAAGUGCAAAAUGACCCUUACAUUGGCCAUAGAGAAGCUUGAGUUUAGCAGACUGCUCGUCAACUACCAAUGGGGAACGCCAGACAGUUUCAAUCUGAAGGGGAUAUUCCGAGCAGAUUACGUCAUCGACAAUCUGGAGGGAGAGAAACAGUUCCUUGUAAGUCUCAACAUCAGUGCCUGCUUCGAGGCUGGAGGGAAGUGUCUGGUUACCCUACCAGUGUUAAACCAGGCCAGGUUCCCCAACCCUGGAUGCGACUGGAACUCAACACUCUCCCUCAAAGGCUUCUCCCUGAAGAACUGGCUGAAUGAUCAUAAUCUGAACAUCGGACAAGCCUUGACAUCAGUAUUCCGGUUCCAACUAUCUCUAGCUCUGGGCAUCUCUGAGUACCUCCUGGAUCCCAUGUGCGACAGGCAGAGGGGGAUAUACAAGCCGGGAUGGAAUAAUGCGUGUCCAAAACCAAUGACCCUACCAAGCCUCCCGAGCAGCCUGUCGUGUCAUAUCCCCGACUACUGCACUGGACUGGACUGCUGUGUGGAUGUGGUCAGUCUGGGGAUGUCCUUCAACUUCAAGAUCCUUCUGGACACACGGAACCUUGUCCUGACUCUCAGUAUCGAGAAGCUCACCUUCAAGACAUCAUUGUUCAACUACAAGUGGGGAGAAUGGGAAAAUUUCAACCUUAAUGGCGUCGUUAGGUUAAGUUUCAAGAUUGAUGACCUUGUUCAUGCUUGGAAGUACCUGAUGAGUCUGAAACUCUCGCUGUGCUUUGAAGCAGACUCUCCCUGUGCUCUCAGCCUUCCUGUCCUCACAGAUAUCAGCUUCCCCAAACUAGUGUGGAACUGGGAUAAUCCUUUCUCCGCGAUUGACAACGGCUUCUCUUUGAAGAACUGGCUUUCGGAUUUGAAGCUCCCGUCUGGUAAGAGACUCGCCAGCUUAGAUGUGUCGAAACUUUUGGACAGACUUGGGAUUGCGGACUACUUGACAGACCCCCAGUGUAAGAAGAGCCUACCACCUGGUGCAGUUGGGGGUUGGAAAAAGGAUUGCCCUGCCAGUCUCACCCUGCCAACACUACCAGACUCCGUCACCUGUCAUCUGUCGGACCCGUGUGGCUCCAUACAGUGUUGUAUUGACGUGGACUUUAUCGGGAGAUCCUUCAACGUCCAGGUUGGAAUAGACCCUUGCACCUACACCUUCACCAUGGGCAUAGAGAAGCUGGUCUUUACCAGGAUCUUAUCCAACUACAAAUGGGGAACUGUGGAACACUUAAGCUUAAAGAACGUGGUCCGUGUAGAUUUCAUGAUCGAUGACCUGUUCGGGGAAAAGAAGUUCCUGAUCAACCUCAACAUCAGUGUCUGUUUCGAGGAGGAUUCUUGUAUGAUUUCCUUCCCAGCUCUGAAGAAUGUAAAGAUUCCCAAGUUGGUCUGUGACUUGGACAGUACGGCUGCUCUUGCAGAUUUCUCUUUGUCUGGCUUCCUGUCCGAGAUGAAGUCUAAUAGGUCUGCGAGUCUCACUUCAGUCAUCGCAGCCAAACUGUUUGAGAGGCUGGAAAUAGCUGGAUAUCUGAAGACAGCACAGUGUCAAAAUACAAGUAGUCCUUAUGUACCUACAAUCAAUGGAUGGAACAACGAGUGUCCAGUUCAUGGGCUUGACCAGUACCUCCCUGACCUCCCUGAUUCCAUGGCAUGUCACGUCCCCGACAUCUGUACCGCCGUUGACUGCUGCAUCUACAUCGACUUCCUGUCACGUGCCUUCAACGUUAUCCUAACAGUGGACAUGUGCACCUAUCAGCUGACGGUGGGCGUGGAAAAUCUGGUCUACAAACGGAUGUUGUUGGACUAUCAGUGGGGCACAGAGGAACAUUUUCAUGUAAAAGGUGUCAUUCGAGUUGAAUACACCAUCAACCGACUUAUGUCUGAGAAGAAACUGGAGGUGACUGCAUCUGUCAGUGUGUGUCUGAAACAAAACGAGUGUCUGUUCUCCAAAACCUUCCUUGACAAAGCCAAGAUACCACAACCCCUGUGUGACUGGAAGGCCAGGCUGCAACAGAGAAAUUUCUCAUUGACCAACUGGGCAUCAGGCAAGGGUCUGUCCUCCACCGUGUCGACUCUCACGGAAACACUCAUAUCUCAGCUCACGGAUGAUCUCGGGGUGUCUCAGUACCUCGUCAGUUUAGCCUGUGAUGAGUCAGCAAGUCCAUAUUCCCCUGCUGGGAUAAACAACUGGAAUAAUGAAUGCAGCAGCCGAGCCGUACCAUCCCUACCCGACUCUGUGCGAUGUCACCUGACCUCCAACUGUUCCACUGUAGACUGUUGUGUCGAUGUUCGACUCAUCAAGAGGACAAUCCAAGCCAAGUUUGAUGUGGAUAUUUGUAACUUACAGAUGACAGUGAUCAUUGAACGACUAUCUUACACUGUUUCACUCCUGGAGUAUGUAUGGGGCACGGAAGGACAUUUCAUCCUGGGAGAUAUGACACGGCUGGUGUACAAACUUGAGCACGUCCCUUCCACGCAGACGUUGGUGAUUGAUCUAAACAUCAAGAUGUGUUUUGAAGACAACACGUGUGUGCUUGAAGUCCCAGUCUUCUCGCAAUCAGAGCUGGCGUAUUCCCCAUGUAACCCGAGUCUACCGGUGCCGUUUGAUGGAGUCUCCUUUGAUUUCUGGAAGUCUGAAAAAUGUGCUCUACAAACUUCCGCUUGCCCGGCAUCCCUCCCCACGGCUAUCUCGAGCACCUGCCGCCUGACUGACAACUGCACAGGCAUUACGUGUUGUGUGGACGUCGACCUGAAGUACCUCGGCAUCUACUCCAUCACUGCGGGCAUCGAGGUUGACCACUGCAAUGACCAGCUUGUGUAUCAUAUAGAGAACAAAGAGUGGACAAAGAAGCUUCAGGUUGUGGAAUAUUACAAGAACCACACUGUGUUAGUUGGCAACGCCAUCACCGUGAGCUACGUCAUCAGCAAAACUGCAUCCUCCUAUGAAGUGUCCUUCCACGUCAAGCUCUGUGUCAUGAACGUACACGACCUCAUCAACAAGUGCUACUACUACAAACUCCUAGAUGAAAAGGUGUUCCAGAUGCCGUCUUCUUGUUCACCUGUUGGACGAAGAAGGAAAAGAAGAAGUCCUUUAGACCUAAUACAUACAGGAGAUGCCAAACGGAUCCUUAAUAAUGCUAUGAACCAGAACUUUACAAAUGAAGAAAUCAAGGAUCUUUUUGAAAGACUGAAGACUGAAGCAAAGAGGGACAACUCACUGAUGUUCACUCGCACGGAUGAUGAUGGCACAGCCACCAACACUAAGAGCGCCAUCAGAAAGAUGGGUAUGGCCAACCCAGGAACCAUUCUGUACUCCGGGGAGGUCGGCAGAGGGAACGUGGUGCUCGGCAUGGAAGGAGGCGAGAAGAUCAUGAAGAUCCUUGGUCAGGUCACCGACAUCCCGGGUCGCGGGGACCAGGCCUACACUGUUGGGAAAGGUCUGACUGGGAAAGGACUGGAGCUGCUUGGUGCUAAGCUAGCCAACAUGAGUAUUGGGGAGAUCAUAGCCAUGUUUGAUGCCAAGAACAUCGACCCUGAACUUGCUCUUCGACUGACGAGACAAUUGAGAGAUCUGGCUCUUGCCCUGUAUUCAGAUAUCAUCAAUGCCAUCAUCAACGGCGAUGGAACCAACGCAUUUAGUUCUUUUGACAUUACCCUUCAAGGAGAUUUCAGUAUACCCAGAACAAGCCUCACUUUCUUCAAAUUCAAGCAUGACUUCCUGAUUGGAGGAAUCUUACCCAUGACCUUUGAGUUUGGAGCCGGAGCUUCUUUUGGAAUUGGAAUAGUUGUCGGAGCUAAGAUCCUUGGCAUGACGGUGUUCGGUGAAGUAGUACCCUAUGGAAGUGCCCAUGUUUACGGAGAACUUGGCAUCGGAUUGAUACUGUAUGGCAAGCUGAGAUUUGAUGGUUACCUCAUGAACGUUGCGUUCCCGUCCAGGGCUGAAAUAGGGUUCUAUAAGUUCCCACUUGAUUUAAGUCUGAAGAUGGACAUAGAGCUGGUUCCUCUGGAGUUGACCCUGCGGGGACUAGUUACCCUGGAGGUCAAUCUCUUGUUCGUCACGAUCAAGAAGAUAUUGUACCAGGCAGUUAUCUGGCGAUAUGCUACUCCAGUGAUAAGGAAAAGACUGAUAGACACAAGCAAGAAGGAGGAGGACAAGUCUCCACCACAGUUCCUCAACUACGUGGACAAUACGGGAAGUCCUGGCCGAAAGAAGAGAGCAGUGUCCACAUCGCGGAGCUGCUUAGUGAGACAACUUCCCAAUAGAGACUACACAGAACCGGCUGUAGAGAUAGCCAUAGCUGCCCAGGAUGACCGGAGUCAGGUCCAGAUCUUUGUGGAGGCUGGGACCAAACCUGGUCUCAGUGAUGUGCUGAGAAAAUCCACCCUUGGUGGACCAUCAACAAUUAUCACUCAGCGAUUUUCCAAGAAUGGCUACGGUGUCCCCGUUUACUUCACGGUGUAUGGAGAGAACAGCGCAGGCGCGAGAUCCACCGUGACUUGCGCCAUCCCCACCUAUGACGUCACGCCCCCUGGCGGCAGAUUGACAGCGGACUUUAGUUCAACCAGUAACCCAGCUGAGCUGAGAGGGAACGUGGUGGUGUAUGAAGAUUCCGGUCUGGUUAAAUCCUCUGUGGGUGUCGGUCUGGGAAGGGGAAUCUACGCAGAUGAAAUAAUAGCCUACAACUCGGUCAAUCUCAGAGGAAGGCACACAGCAGGCUAUGACCCUUCAUCUGAUCAGUAUGGCCAUGAAGCGUUGAAACAUUUCACGGGUCUCAAGGAUGGUCGGCUGAUUGGCCCAGUGUUUGCCGAGUUCUCCAGGAUGAACCACGCCGGGUCGUGUGUGAAGGAGUGUAUGAAGUUCCCGGACACCAAAUGUAUGAGCGUCAACUAUGACUACGGGCCUAGUGGACAUUGUGAACUGUUAGAAGGCAUUGAAGGACACGACCAUAAAAUCUUCAUUUCUGAUCAGUAUUCUCACUAUGAGAGGCUUGGAGUUGGUCUUGCCCACGAGUUCAUCUACAAGGAUUUGUCUCUACGUCACGGGGUCAUGUACUACUUCAACCUUCACCUUAUCAACAACCUCCAGUUUGAUUCCAUCCUCCAUAGCAAGGGGGUCGUGGUUGAUUUAACACCUCCUGAACCAGGUCCACUGGCUAAUGUGAGUCUCGAUGUCCUGGAGGUGACCUCGUGUGAGACUGUGGUUCCAGAUGACAGACCAGACUGGGAAGUCAGAUGUCGAGGUGUCAACAGUCAGUUAAAAAACCACAGAAUAAUUCAUGAUGGCACUGGAUCAAAAACCGUUUUCAAUGGGGACGAACCCCUUACUGAUCUCCUAUACACCAGAGCAAACAGAUACGUAUCAGCUAACUGGGACGGCAUCAUGGACAAAGAAACGGGCAUACUGGGCUACUCCCUGACCGCAGGGACACAGAUCUGUGAGGAGCUGAUUCACCCCCAUCAUGACCCUCACAGGCACCUGUUUGACGAAUCAGAGUGGACCCACACUGGACUCAUCUCCCCCAUACCGGCUCCAUACGACCCUCUCGCUGAUGGGAAAUACUACAUCACACUGAGGGCCUUGAACAAGGUUGAGUAUGGAGGUCCACUUGUGACAACAAUCUGCCACACCACGCCGCUCGUGGUGGACAACUCACCACCACUCCUGUAUGAAAUCUAUAACGUCUCCUACAACGAAGACACAUUCUUCAUUAAUGCGCAGUACAACGCCAGUGACCCACAUUCAGACAUCAGAGAAGCAGACUUGUGUCUUGGACAGACCACAAUUGACUGUCAUCACAUGGACUGGCAGAGGUCCUCCCACAAUGAUGGCGACAUCACCCGCCAGUUCCAGAUACCGGGUGGAUCUCCUGUCUGGAUUAAAGUCCGGGUAAUCAACAAUGCUGAUUUGAUGAAAGUGGGAGUGUCCGACCAUCCGAUCAUAGUUGACACAUCUCCUCCUGAACCAGGCAUUGUGUAUGACGGACCCUUCUUCAGACAUGACCUCAGCUUUACCAAGGAUGCUGAUAAGAUCUGCGCAAACUGGUUUGGGUUCUAUGAUCCUGAGUCGGGUAUUUCCCACUACGAGGUGUCGGUUCUUGAUGACACAAACACAACAAUCUCCGAGCUGGUCAGUCUUGACCAUAAGACACACGAUACCUGUGUCCAGCUUAGCUCUAACCAGAGGCUCGAACACGGCAAGGCCUACAGAUUCUACACCACAGCAUUCAAUGCUGGCCACAAACAGCUGAACGUCUCGGCAAUGUCAGAUGGAGUGAUCGUGGAUCUGACUGCCCCUGUGCCGGGUGACGUUGUUGACGGUAUACGGCACAGCUUUGUCGACGUUGAGUUCAGUACCCACGUUGCCACAGUUGGAACCCAGUGGAGGAACCAUAGUGACCCCGAGUCCGACAUAAGAGAGUUUGCUGUACAGAUACUAAGAGCAAAAGGGCUGUCGUCAGAAUUUGAGGUAUUAAGAAACUGGAACACUCUGGGCAAAGACGUCAGACAGAUCGAGUGGCACAACUUCCACCUGAACCAUCAGGACAUUGUCAAGACGAAACUGGAGACCAUCAACAACGCCCUGGGUACUGUAGAACAGACAACAGAUGGGUUUGUGGUGGAUCUCACUCCGCCCAGGAUGGUGUUCCUAGGUGAUGGGCGUGAACAGAACAAAGACACGGACUUCCAGACAUCCAGCACUACUGUUGAAGCCAACUUUCAGUUUCAAGACCCCGAGUCUGGGUUGGAUCAUUACAAAUACCAGGUGUAUGAGCUUUACCAUGGGUCAAAACAUCAGAUAUACCCAGAUUCAGAAGGUUGGGAGACCUCCAGCGACCCCAGCAUCACCAGCCUUAGUCAGUCAGGCUUGAGUCUCCGGCCGGGCGCACAGUACAGUGUGAGAGUCGGGGCCGUCAACAGAGCCGGGGCCGUAGCCACCUACGACACAAACGGCGUCCUUGUUGAUAAUACUCCACCUCAGAUGAAAUGGGUCUACGUUGGCAUUUUCUCUGGCAGUGAAGAAGAGUUGAUUGACCGUCACGUUAUCCAGUCUGAUCCAAGCGGUAUCAAGGCCACCUGGUUUGCUAUGGACCAUGAGAGUGGCAUCAAGUCGUACAUGGUCGCAGUUGGAACCACUAAAGGUGGAACUGAUAUCCUUAACUGGAAGGACUUUGGUUCUGACAGAGACAAAUACAUGGACGGGUUGACCUUGACUGUGACCGACCCUGACACGAUCACCCCUGUUUACUAUGUGUCUGUAAAGGCGAGCAAUGGAGCUGAUCUGACCGGUGACGUCAUAACGUCAAACCCCAUCCGGGUCGUUGACCAGGACAAAGCGGGUAUUGUCAUCGACGGCGCCGACUCCACCGAGAGAAUUGACUUCAUGGACAUCGGUAGCGACAUGGACUACCAGAAAGACACGGGAGUUGUGACAGUACAGUUUGCCGGGUUUGAGAGCCACGAGCACGGUGUGACGUACUAUCACUGGGCGGUAGGGACGACACCUGGUGGCGAGGAGGUGCAACCGUUCAUCAUGGCGGGUCUUAUGCACGAAGAAGCAGAGACCAAGGUUCCUGGAAAUGGUAUCGCCAGCAUGGGUUUUGGCCAGACUGUCCUCCCGCUGUCACCCGGCACGACGUACUACACCACAGUUCGCGGCAUCACCAACGGUGGCAACAUCCUGGAAUCCACGUCAGAUGGAUUUACUGUUGAUAUCACUCCUCCUAACAUCCACAUGGAAAGCUAUGGCUCUGAGAGCAACCAGAGCAGACUGACCUCCACCACGACACUGUACCUGGCUGAGGUGGACUCCAUCUCCUCUUCCUGGAAGGUUGCAGACAGUGAGAGUCCAGUCAAGAAGAUGUACUACUCUGUGGGGACUUACCCUCACGGGGAGGAUGUCCAGCCCAGGACGGAGGUGGACAUCCUGCUGACCGGCGAGGGGGCGCUACCCACUGGCAUCAAACCUACAACUGAUGGAAAAUCCAAUAUUCUGACUCUGACAGCUGAAAAUGAACUUGGAUUGUCCUCAAGCAUGAUCUCCCCCUAUCUUGUGGUUGACAUCUCAUCUCCAACAAAGGGAACACUGACAUGUCCAAGCUUUAUUCAGCCGAGGUCUGCAGUGGAGUGCACAUGGACAGGGUUCUACGACGCCGAGAGUCAGGUUGUAGAGUUUGAGUUUGUUGUUGGCUCCCACGAGGGGCUGGAGGACAUCAUCGCACCUGUAAAACUGCCGGGACAUGCUGCAAAAUAUGUGGUUUCAGGCUUAGCUGAUAAGGUAUCCCACGGUCAGAAAUACUAUGCCAAGGUCAAGGCCAUCAACCAAGUAGGGAUGACGUCAUCAAGCAUCUCCAGUGCCAUCAACGUGGACACCACACCACCAGCACCGGGCACUGUGGUGGAGUUGAAGUCUGCCUACAUCAUCAACAUCACCGACGAGAUCAUCACCGAUAAAUUGAACACCUACAAGUGUGACACAGAGGAAGACUGCCUGGCUAUAGACGCUGUGUGUCAGGAGUCUCUGUCUACUGUCAACGUGGCCUGGCAGACCUUCAACGAUGAAGAAACAGACAUUGUCAAGUACGAGAUAGCUGUUGGCACUUCACCUGGAGGGGGACAGCUGAGGGUUUUUUUUGAGACUGAUGACGUCACAAAGAGAUACCUGUCGGUCACAGGCUUGAUCCUGAAGGGAGUGAGACAGAUAUUUGUGACGGUGAAAGCUACCAAUGGAGCUGGUCUCAGCACAAUAUCGACGUCUAACGGUAUCUACAUGUCCUACCUCAGUCAAGGCUUGGAACCACUCACUCAUAUUGGAAUCUGGGAUGGUGAAAGCCAUGAUGGUGAUCUUGAUUUCCAGACAAGUCUGUCCCGUAUGGGGGCCAAGUGGGACGUGCCAGGUGACCCGUGUCCGGUGGUCAAGUACGAGUGGGCAAUACAAAGGGCUGACGGGCUGAGGGUGCAGGAAUACUUCGACACUGAAGGAAGAACUCAUGGCGUCAACGACCAACUGGCCAUGCAAAACAUGGAACGCUACUAUCAGUACCUACGUGUGACCAACGCCAUGGACUUCACCUACACCAUCAGAUCGAACGGCAUCACCAUCGAGGAUGACCCCCUUGUGCCUGGACAGGUUAAUGAUGGAGAUGUCGUGGGAUUUGACCUUGAGUUCCUCCGAACUAGAAGUAAAGUCAACGCCAACUGGGACAAGUUUGGUAGCGAUGGCAACGCUGACGAGGUAUCAGCUGGAAUAAAAGCAGAUAAUGUUCCUGAAGAGGAGAAAGAGAAAUCUUCCAGCCAAGAAGUCGCUUUCUAUGAGGUGGCCCUUGGAACCAACCGCCGUUUCCCCAAAACACGUGACAACGUCGUGCCUUUUGUCAACGUUGGCCUUAACAAAACUGUGACCUUCUACGACCUUGACCUCACCCCAGUCACGGCAAUAUAUUACUUCACGGUCAGAGCACACAGCCUUUCCGGGUCCAAUACUGAUGUCACGUCCAAUGGCUUCUCUGUUGGCUUUGAUGGAGGCGUCUCUGUGGGUAUCAUCGACAUGAAAGAAUUUGUCAACACUGACACUUAUGUAGAUGUACCUUGGGACGGGUUCGAAUCCAAGAUCGGCAUGAUGAUGUACUACGUCGGUAUCUCAAGCAGCACAGACGCGAACAACUACACAUGUGGGCAGUUUACUGAAAGAGGCUCCAUCAGUGACGACGAGCGACGAGGCAUCUUCAACGUUGUGGACCUCCAAAAUGUGGGGAAGGACACUUUCAUGAAGUUUGAAAAUCUGUCUCUGGACCACAAUGGAAUCUACUAUGCUUGGGUCAUUGGUGCAGACAAGGCCGGAGAGUGCAACGUGACAAGUCACAUGUUCCACGUCGACAUAACACCUCCAGUCAAAGGCAAGAUCAGAACAGGGCCCUACUAUGACAUGAAACUGAGUUACUCGGUCAGCAGUGAGAGUCUUCAGACCUACUGGACAGGCUUCAGUGAUGAAGACUCGGGCAUCCGAUGCUACCACGCAGCCCUGCUGAAGAGAGCCUCCUGUAACGAAGACUCGGAGGAAGAAACUGUCGUAGAAUCCAUAGAGAUUGAUGUCAACUACACGUCCUAUAGAUUCAUGGACAUUAGUAUGCAGGGCAAUGCUCCUUACUUUGUGCGUCUUGUGGUGGAGAACUUUGCUGGACUCAAGUCGACAUUAGACUCUCCACCAGUCGUGUAUGACAACUCCAUCCCCUCCCCGGGCAUUGUCAUCGACGGACACGACUUCACCAACGACAUCAGCUGGAGCGGCUCUGCCACCACCGUUACAGGCACCUUCCUGCACCACCCUGUGCCCGACGUGUCUCCGUGUCCUGUCAGACAAAUCAGAUUUGAUGACUCGGAGUGGAUGUACCUGGAGUCUGACAGUAACCAUGACAGCAACAACCGCAGCUUGACCUUGACCUACAGAUCAGCCAACGUCCAGCCGGAGUCCGGCAAAGUGGACAUCAAACUGUCCAGAGAUACCAAGACUGACUUCAUGUAUUCUGGAACCUACUUCAGAGAUGCUGACCUUCUUUAUAGCGGGGAGUAUAAGCUAUUUAUAAGAGCUGCAGCAGGUGAUGGUCAAGCGGUCACCAGUGUCCUGUUCUGGGACGGCCCAGAUGACUACAUCCUGGACUACGACUACACACCAUCACCGGACUGGACCGAGUCUAUUUGUGCCUGUUGCAGGGUGGAACCUGUGAAUGCAUCUUGCACCUGCAACUGUGAAUCCUACCUACAAGCAGAGAGGUACUACAAGAACAUCAGCAAGAGGUCUGUGGAUCAGGAUGAUCCUGGCUACGAGGUGAAGAAGCUGACGGAGGAUGAAAAGAAGAAGCUGCAAGAGACAGGCUCCAUCACCGACAAGACUGAAAUCGGGAAUCCUAAUCUUCAUCCCAGGAAAUCCUGUGGAGUACAGUUAUUUGCAGGUGCAGCACCUAAGUUGGUGUCAUGGUGCAGUUACGGGGAUAACCUCAACGAGCCUGUAGCAGCAGUGAGAGACCUCCUACUAGACCCUUCCAGAGAUUACCAUCAGUACAUGGUCAAGUUCACGACACAGAGGGACGAAGCGAGGGGAUCAGAGGUUACCUGGUGCAUGUCAGUCUUCAUGGACGACGAUCUGAUGACGGAGCAGUGUGGAAUACCACGUCUCUCUCCCAACACCAGACUCUUCCUGGGAGUCUGGAAUCACAAGAACUAUAUUCCUGAAACUGAACGAGAUUCGGAAGGGCAUCUAAAGGUUUGGAGUGCUACGGCUUCAUUCCGUGACCUAGUGAUGCCAGCCGAAAAGGAGAAGCUGUGUCGCUAUGGCAACCCUUUCCAAGGAGGUAACAACGUUAUCGUUCGGUAUGAGGCUGGAAUCGGGUCAGCUUCCGGUCUCUCUGAUGUCGUGCCGUACCAGGAGGUACAUACACCGUGUAUUCCCUGCCUGACUCCCUGUGACAUGUACACUUGUGACGCAUCAUGUGACAGCUCAUCAACAGACCAGGUCAAGAUCACCCUCAACGACCUUAACCUUACAGAAACAACAGUUGUGGAGGGAGAAGUAGUCCCUGUAUUGUACUACCUCACAGUGAAAGCUGUCCUCGGGUCUGGAACAGAGGCGGUAUCGUCAUCUGACGGCUUCAACAUCGACACGUCACCACCACUGUUUGACACCGACGUCAUGCUGUACAUCGACGUCACUCAGGGCAACUUCACCCCCUGUGACGUACCAGGGAUCCAACGACACUAUUAAGGCUAUAUUGAAGUGCAACGACAACGAGAGCGAAAUUGUGAACUACGAGUGGGCGAUAGGCACAGCGCCAGGGGGAGAGGAGUUGCAGACAUUUGUAUCAACUAGGGAGUAUCCUGGAUCUGUGAACUCCGGACUUGGAGGCCUUCUGGAACACAACAAGACGUACUACGUGAC